AUGACGACUCGUUCUACUAUUAGUAAGAAAGAGACAAAAUUAAUAAAAAAAUCUUUUAACUCAAACAUUAUAUUCAUUGUGCUUCUUAUUAUUCUGGGAUCUCAGGCGAAUAAUAUUUUAUCUAUUAAGCAGGAAUUUAAUGAAUUUGAAACACAGAUUGAUGCUAAAAUAUCUCACUUACGAGAUCUUAUUGAUCGGAUUCAAAGAGGAGAGAAUCUAGAUAUUUCUAAGGAACUUGGUACAGGGAUUGAGGAAAAGGAAAAGGAAUGGUCUAAAGUUAUAGAACAAGUAAUUAAUGAAGAUGAUCAAUGGGAACAAAUUAAAAUAAGAAAGAGGGAAAAGGGUUGAUUAUAAUAUUAAAAAUAUAGGAUUUUUUUAUGUAUAUA